AUGGAACCAAGAACUUGUAGAAUUUCAGUAGCAAUUAGCUCACUCCUUGUAUUUUUAUUCGGUGUUACACAAGUUGUAAUUACAUUUUCAAAUCAAAAUAUUGAUACAAGUCAUACAUGGGCAUUCUUUGCCAAUGGUUGUACAUGCACAUUAACAGGUUUUGCAGGUAUUUUAACAGCAAUCUUUUCAAAGACAACAUUCUCAAAAAUCUACUUCCUUAUGACAUUUUUAACAGUUUUUGAAGCUAUCAUUGUCUAUAUCAUUUUCAGUGCCGCCUUACCAAGUUACAUUGAAGCAGCAUGUGGUGGUACAACAUUCUUUAAUCACUAUUGCCAAGGUAUUAAAAUUUAUCUUUCAUCUGCUACAAGUGUUUUCUGGUCUUGGAUCCUUUUAAUUCUUCCAGCUUCAUCAUUCAUUGCAUGGAAAAAUCUUACAGUUUCAAGAUCUACUCCAGGUAAUAUUGAAAUGAACAGCAAAAACUAA